AUGAUCUUCGGGGUUAACUUCUUUAAAGCGUUCAACAUUGCGCCCGAAUUAUUUCGUCAGUACGGGAACUCGGAUUCAGACACUACCGUAGAUGAGGUAGUGCCUGACAAGCACCUUUGCUCCUUCCAGGAGUUGACUUCGGACCAACAAACUAUCGCGGACGGGAUUAUUCGUGGCUUUGAGAAUAUUUCGUUCGAGAAGAAAGGCUUAGGGCGUACUCACUUGCUCACCCAUAAGAUAGACACAGGCGACAGCCCCCCGAUCAAGCAACGUUACUACCCGAUCUCACCGCACCGGCUGAUCGAGCUUAACCGACAAUUAGACGAGAUGCUGGAGCAGGACGUGGUUGAACCUAGUACUAGUGCUUGGAAUAAUCCCACGCUGUUCACUGCUAAGUCCAACGGGGACUUGCGCUUUUGUUUGGAUAGUCGCAAAUUGAAUUCGUCAGACCUUUGA